AUGUUUGGAUCAUCGAGAGCUGGCGGUGUGAGAGGAGGACAAGACCAAUUCAACUGGGAUGAGGUGAAAGUCGAUAAACACAGGGAGAAUUAUCUUGGAAAUUCGUUGAUGGCUCCUGUUGGGAGAUGGCAAAAGGGCAAAGAUCUGACCUGGUACUCUAAAGACAAAAAAGGUGCAAGUUUGUCUAAAGCAGAGGAAAUGGCUGCUGUGAAAGCUGCAGAACACGAAGCAAUGCUGGCAGCUCUAGGACACAAGAAUAUUAAGAGACAACCCACUGGUCUUACUAAGGAGGACCUGGCAGAAGUCUAUAGAAGGGAAGAGCCAGAAGGGGAAGAACGAAAUGUCGAUCGAGUCUCAGGAUUGGGGAGUUCGAGUGGUGGGAGGAAGAUGGUGCUGUCGCAAAAGGAGAAAGAGGCUGCCAAAAUGGGUCUGCCUGUUUUCACCCAUCAUAAGACGGAGGGUCAGUCCGAAAUGACUUCCACAAAGACAGCUGAGAAAUUGGAAAAAGAAGACGAUUCAAAGGAAGAAGGCAAAAAGAAAAAAAAGCACAAAAAAGAGAAAAAGAAGAAAGACAAGAAGGAAAAGAAAAAGAAGAGACACAGAAGAGACUCGUCCUCAGAGUCGGAGGAUGACAAGAAAAGGCACAAAAAGGACCACCAUCGUCAUAAUCCAUCAUACCACAGUCAGAGUGGAGCCAGACCCCAUGACAACCAUUCACAGGGGGGAGCAAAGGGCGGCGGGCGGCGGCAGCGGCACGACACAGACUCCUCCGACGGGGGGCCUCCUCCCGGGGCCCGGCUCAGGACGGCCCCCGGCAGAGAGCCACAAAGCCACAGGCGACGCCACGACACGGACUCGGACUAA